AUGACCGCUGUUGAGCUCCGAGGCAGAGCUCUCCUCCACCACCCUGCCGCCCGCCCUCGCCUCUACUACGUCUCAUUUUGGACGUUCGGGUCACCAACGACAAACGCCCCUGGGAACCUUACCCAAGGUUCCCACACUCCCGGGAACCUUACCCAAGGUACCCACACUCCCGGGAACCUUACCCAAGGUACCCACACUCCCGGGAACCUUACCCAAGGUACCCACACUCCCGGGAACCUUACCCAAGGUACCCACACUCCCGGGAACCUUACCCAAGGUACCCACACUCCCGGGAACCUUACCCAAGGUACCCACACUCCUGGGAACCUUACCCAAGGUACCCACACUCCCGGGAACCUUACCCAAGGUACCCACACUCCUGGGAACCUUACCCAAGGUACCCACACUCCCGGGAACCUUACCCAAGGUACCCACACUCCUGGGAACCUUACCCAAGGUACCCACACUCCCGGGAACCUUACCCAAGGUUCCCACACUCCUGGGAACCUUACCCAAGGUUCCCACACUCCCGGGAACCUUACCCAAGGUUCCCACACUCCCGGGAACCUUACCCAAGGUUCCCACACUCCUGAGAACCUUACCCAAGGUACCCACACUCCCGGGAACCUUACCCAAGGUUCCCACACUCCUGGGAACCUUACCCAAGGUUCCCACACUCCCGGGAACCUUACCCAAGGUUCCCACACUCCCGGGAACCUUACCCAAGGUUCCCACACUCCCGGGAACCUUACCCAAGGUUCCCACACUCCUGGGAACCUUACCCAAGGUACCCACACUCCCGGGAACCUUACCCAAGGUUCCCACACUCCCGGGAACCUUACCCAAGGUUCCCACACUCCUGGGAACCUUACCCAAGGUUCCCACACUCCCGGGAACCUUACCCAAGGUUCCCACACUCCCGGGAACCUUACCCAAGGUUCCCACACUCCCGGGAACCUUACCCAAGGUUCCCACACUCCCGGGAACCUUACCCAAGGUUCCCACACUCCCGGGAACCUUACCCAAGGUUCCCACACUCCCGGGAACCUUACCCAAGGUUCCCACACUCCUGGGAACCUUACCCAAGGUACCCACACUCCUGGGAACCUUACCCAAGGUUCCCACACUCCCGGGAACCUUACCCAAGGUUCCCACACUCCCGGGAACCUUACCCAAGGUUCCCACACUCCUGGGAACCUUACCCAAGGUUCCCACACUCCCGGGAACCUUACCCAAGGUUCCCACACUCCCGGGAACCUUACCCAAGGUUCCCACACUCCCGGGAACCUUACCCAAGGUUCCCACACUCCCGGGAACCUUACCCAAGGUACCCACACUCCCGGGAACCUUACCCAAGGUUCCCACACUCCCGGGAACCUUACCCAAGGUUCCCACACUCCCGGGAACCUUACCCAAGGUACCCACACUCCCGGGAACCUUACCCAAGGUACCCACACUCCCGGGAACCUUACCCAAGGUACCCACACUCCCGGGAACCUUACCCAAGGUACCCACACUCCCGGGAACCUUACCCAAGGUACCCACACUCCCGGGAACCUUACCCAAGGUUCCCACACUCCCGGGAACCUUACCCAAGGUUCCCACACUCCCGGGAACCUUACCCAAGGUUCCCACACUCCCGGGAACCUUACCCAAGGUACCCACACUCCUGGGAACCUUACCCAAGGUUCCCACACUCCCGGGAACCUUACCCAAGGUUCCCACACUCCCGGGAACCUUACCCAAGGUACCCACACUCCCGGGAACCUUACCCAAGGUACCCACACUCCCGGGAACCUUACCCAAGGUUCCCACACUCCCGGGAACCUUACCCAAGGUUCCCACACUCCCGGGAACCUUACCCAAGGUACCCACACUCCCGGGAACCUUACCCAAGGUUCCCACACUCCCGGGAACCUUACCCAAGGUACCCACACUCCCGGGAACCUUACCCAAGGUUCCCACACUCCCGGGAACCUUACCCAAGGUUCCCACACUCCCGGGAACCUUACCCAAGGUUCCCACACUCCCGGGAACCUUACCCAAGGUUCCCACACUCCCGGGAACCUUACCCAAGGUUCCCACACUCCCGGGAACCUUACCCAAGGUUCCCACACUCCCGGGAACCUUACCCAAGGUUCCCACACUCCCGUGCUCCUCUACAUGUAA